GUGUUCGAUUCCCAUGCAAAGGUUUUCGGACGCCGGAUAUCUGCUCGUUUUCUGCGAUGCCCCCGAAACCGAAAUCAAAUUCGUCAAUCGACGUGGCUCGCUUGGGCUUCACCAAGGGUGAAAGCUUGCCUCAGAUUCAGACAGCUCCUCCCCCACUCUAUCCGCCGCUAUCGCAAAAACCAGUGCCUGGUAUUCUAGAGGAGGAAAUGAAAACGAUUGCCACCAUUUACGAUAGACUACGGACAGAAAUUCGAGAAGACGCCUUCCAUGUACGCCUCGCUGAAGAGAAACCAGCCAUAGAGAGGUAUUCCGAUCAGUUGGAUUACGGAAUGUCAGAGAGAAAAUACGAUUAUCGAAUGGAACUCUUCCCUGCCGUCCUCACGACGAAGACCAAGAAAAAAGUCGUGAAGAAGGCCAAAGAUAUCAAUUUGGACAAAGUUUUAUCGGAGGAUAAAGAUCACGACGAGGAGAAAGGUGAAAAUGAGGAGGAAGCCGAGGACGAAGAAGGGCAGAACAAUGAAGACGACGCAGACGAAGGCGUGGACGACGACUACGCGGAUACGUACUUUGACAAUGGCGAAAACUUCCUCGACCCGGAUGACGACGCCUUAGAGGAAUCCGCUGUUUUCUGAGUUCGUCGCGAUAGGAUCGUCCAACUUGUACAUAUGUAUAGAGUCUAGAAAAAUGUAAAUGGGAACUUCCGUUGGCUCGAGUCCAAAUGGGGUCCCCUGGCUGUUAUCUGAGCUUCAGUUUUCAAUAUCCAAAAUCCAGUCUGGAAAAAGAUCGAAGCUAUGUCU